GUUUUCGCGGGAACCGCGGUAUGUGAAGUCCACGUCGAGUCGAGGUUAGUUUGAAAGAACGCGGGCACGUCUCCGAGCCUCAUUAUCAUCUUAAACAAGUGUAGUUAUUCGCUAUAUCAGUCUUCCAUUUGGCGUUUUCAGCAAGUUAAGAUGGCCAGGUACUUGACCAGAAACAGGCUGCGACGGAUCUACAAGUGGGGCGGCUUCCCCGUGAGCCACGAUAGGAAGUUAAAGACCGACGAAUAUGACUCAUUGCACAUCAGCCUGGAGGACCUGCCCCGGACCACCGUGAUCACCAACGGGCAGUACAUCCUGAUAGAAGGCGUGGAUGACGACCACCCCUACGUGGCAAAGGUCACGAAGCUCAUCGAGAGUGACAAGAAGAAGAAGGCUCUGGUUCAGUGGUUUGCCCGUGUGGGCGAAGUCCCCCCGAACAAGUUGAAACUGCUGGGCAGGGAGCCGCACCCGCAGGAGAUCUUCUACUACGAGGGCCCCACCUGUGAGGACGAGAUCGACGUGGAGUCCAUCCUCAACACUGUGCAGGUAAAGUUCAUUCCGGUGGGGGCGCCGUUCCCCGACGUCGACCGGCAGGAAGUGCUGUACGUGAAGCUCUCCUGGAACACCAAGGUCUUCAAGGUCGUGACGCCCGAGCAGAUCGAGACCGCCACCGCCGCCGCGCCCCGCCUCGUCCCCACCCCCGGCCGCCUCCGUCCCGCCCUUCCCCCCUCGCCGCCCUGCUCCCCCGCCCUGGCGGCGACCCCCCGGUCGAGGGCGCCCUCCCGGCGGGCCCUGCCCACGCCGGACCCCAUGGUCAUGAACCGAGCGGCCGCCGCGGGCGGGCACGGCGUCCGGGGCACGGCGAGCGCCGGGAAGAUGGUGGCGGAGGCGGAGUCGAUGCACUCGGCCUCCAAGAUUUCCGCCUCCAAGUGCCUGAGCGGCAAGAGGAGGUCCUGCGUUGCGCGGACCCCCGGGGUGCGCAAGAAGCUGGAGCUCAGCAGUCCUAGGAAGAGCCUGAUGGACGGGGACGAGGGCCUCUGCCAGCUCCUGGACGAGGACCUGGACCAGGACGUGCUGAUGGUCCAGCGCUCGGCCACGACCCUGACCCGCCUCAUGUCCCAGCCCGGCGGCCUGACCCCCGCCAGGAAGACCUCGAGGGCCGCUGGGUCCUGGGGCUCCCAGAGCAUGAAGCCGGUCCUGAGCUACAUGAGCCUGGGGGGGGACAGUUCGCCGGAGACCGCUCUGCAGGACUCUGACAGGGAGCUGUGUGGCGUGGCCUCCCUGGAGGACGAGGUGUUUGACAUGGGGCUGACCCUGACUCCCAGGAGGCAGGCCACCCCCAGGAGAAACCCUGCCACCAGGGGGCAGAAAGCGUCCACACCUUCCAGGAGGGCAGAUCGGGCCACCAAGGAACACUCUCUUGGAGUGCUAGCGGAGGAGAACGAGAACUCGCCCAUGGAGCCCGCGGCCCCCACCCCGCGGACCUCCAGGAGGAAGUCCGCCCAGCUGGUGUCCUCUCGGAUCAGGAAGCAGCUGAGUCUACUGGACGACGUUCACUCCGACGGAGACGACAGCGACGAGUUCCUCCCGUCCGUCAAGGAGCUCCGGAGCAGCAGCGACGAGGAGGAGGAGCCGCAGGAGGAAGAGGAGGAGGAGGAGGAGGAGUUCUGCGCGAGGUUGGACAGCGACGACGAAAUCGUCGCCAAGAAGAGCAAACGCGGGGCGGCGGCGCCUCGAACCCCCCGCUCCGCACGGAAGAGCCAGGCUUCCAUGCGCACGCCACGGAAAACACCCGUGAAGAAGGCCACGCCCACGACGCCACGCACCCCUCGCCAUGCCACGCCCAGUAUCCCGAGCCGCUCCCUGCCGGCCCGACAGCCCGGGAGCGCCCUGGAGGAGGCCCGGGCCCGGCUCCACGUGUCGUCAGUGCCAGAGUCCCUCCCCUGCCGCGAGCAGGAGUUCCAGGACAUCUACAACUUUGUGGAGAGCAAGGUCAUGGACGGGACCGGAGGGUGCAUGUACAUCUCGGGGGUCCCGGGCACGGGUAAGACGGCCACAGUGCACGAGGUGAUCCGCUCUCUGCAGCGAGCCUCCGACGCGGACGACGUCCCCGCCUUCAACUUCAUCGAGAUCAACGGCAUGAAGAUGACGGACCCCCACCAGGCCUACGUGCAGAUCCUGCAGAAGCUGACGGGGCAGAAGGCCACCCCGGACCACGCUGCCGCCCUGCUGGAGAAGAGGUUCAGCCACGCCGGACCCAAGAAGGAGAGCACCGUGCUGUUGGUGGACGAGCUGGACCUGCUGUGGACCAGGAAGCAGAACGUGAUGUACAACCUGUUCGACUGGCCCACGCGGCGUCACGGCCGCUUGGUGGUCCUCACCAUCGCCAACACCAUGGACCUGCCCGAGAGGAUCAUGAUCAACAGGGUUGCCAGCAGACUGGGCCUGACGCGGAUGUCGUUCCAGCCGUACAGCUUCAAGCAGCUGCAGCAGAUCAUCAUGUCCAGGCUGAACAAGGUGAAGGCGUUCGAGGAGGACGCGCUCCAGCUGGUCUCCAGAAAGGUGGCCGCCCUGUCCGGCGACGCCCGCCGCUGUUUGGACAUCUGUCGCCGGGCAACGGAGAUCUGCGAACACACCUCUCUGGACCCAGGCGCUCCCGGAUUGGUUGGGAUGAGUCACGUGAUGCAGGCGCUCGACGAGAUGUUCUCCUCUGCCUACGUGACGGCCAUCAGGUGUGCGUCCGUCCAGGAGCAGCUCUUCCUGCGGUCCGUGCUGAUGGAGUUCCGACGGCUGGGUCUGGAGGAGGCCACCUUCCAGCAGGUGUUGGUGCAGCACCAGGCCCUGUGCCGCGUGGAGGGCCUGCAGCCCCCCAGCGUGUCCGAGGCCCUGGCCGCGUGCCAGCGGCUGGGGGCCUGCCGGCUGCUGCUGCUGGAGCCCAGCCGGCUGGGGGUCCUGCAGAGGGUCCGGCUCAACGUCAGCCAGGACGACGUGCUGUACGCCCUCAAGGCCGAAUGAGGUGUGUGUGUGUGUGUGUGUGUGUGUGUGUGUGUGUGUGUGUGUGUGUGUGUGUGUGUGUGUGUGUGUGUGUGUGUGUGUGUGUGUGUGUGUGUGUGUGUGUGUGUGUGUGUGUGUGUCGAGCUCUUAGAACGCAUGAUGAAUUGUGUACAGCGGUGGUGACCGAGCUCUUAGACCGAACUCUUAUUCUCCAUUUAAUGACCUGAGGUGGUUUAGUCGCCUUUGGUGUCGACCUGUGCAGAGAUGUCUGAUAAUGCAUGCAGACACUGGUUUUUUAAAUCUAUUUUUAUUAAUAUUAUUUACAUGAAAAUAAUAGGAAUAAUCUCUGUGGAUAGACUUGACAUUCUGGGUGUUGCUCGUAUGUUUUUGUGGGGCCUUUCGUGUCCUGUUGAAAGCACAUAGUGAGUGAAGGCCGUAGAUAGUAGAACUACAACAUUAGUAGCCGUUUUAGGAUAUCGGGCACUUUUAACAAAUGCAUUCUCACCAUGGUUUAUUCCUAAUCCUAGUUUAUUAUUUUAUGAAGCUUUGUGAUGGGAGAGUGUGUUCUAUCCCCAGUGAAUGUGUCAUUUACAUCCCCAAUGCCAACAUUUUAUUAAUGCUUUGAUUUUAUUUCUGUGAAAAUGUCUGCAUUUAAUAAAGAUAUCUAAUAUAAU